AUGGAGUCGUACAGCCCGGUUGUUAACACUGCGGGAGUCACAACUACCAUCUCGUCGUCUUCCGGGGUAGUCUUCGUGGAUAACCCGUCGCCCGCUGGUUCCCUCAAAUAUCUCACUUCUAAAGCCUUCAGCAAGCCUGCAAGGUGUUGGUUCGAAUCAAUCUUACAACGGAACAAGCUUAGCCUUCGGCUAGUUGGUGACAAGCCGACGAAACCUGAGCAAGCCUCGGCUAUCUUGUUCGGAAAGGCAGUGGUGUCGAUCUCUGGUCCGCUUCCCAGUGAAGCCAAAAAUGUUCGUAGCAGUGCAGGGUUCUGGUCUCUGAUGUUUCUCACUCUGGCUCUCGUUCAAUGCACCGUUUUCAUUAUUCAAGGAAUUGCCUUUGCAUACUGCUCAGAGCGGUUAAUUCACCGCGCUCGAAGUCGGGCUCUAGGUGCCAUUCUUCACCAAGAUAUUUCCUUCUUUGAUCAGAAAGAGAACACCGCCGGUGCUCUUGCAACUUUCUUGUCGGUAAACGCAACAGCACUGGCCGGCAUUAGUGGCGCCACACUCGGCACCAUCCUCAUUGCGGUGUCAACAUUAAUAUCAGCGAUUGCGGUUGGUUGUGCAUUUGGCUGGAAACUUGGUUUAGUUUGUUCCUCUCUUAUUCCUGUGCUGCAGAGAGAUCUUUACAACCGGGCAUCAGCAGGCUACGCGAGCGAAGCUAUCUCGGCCAUUCAUACUGUUGCCGCUCUGACGCGGGAGAAUGACGUUUCCAGACAUUUCAAGAAAUCUCUCUCGGAAUCGGCAAAACAGAGCUUAAAGGCAAACAUCAAGACGUCAUUGAUGUAUACUCUUGCACAAUCGCUGCUGUAUGCCUGCAUGGGACUUGGAUUCUGGUACGGUGGCCGGUUGAUUGUCCACGGUGAGUACUCCACGUUUCAGUUCAUCGUGGCGUACUCUGCCGUUAUUGCCGGAGCUUUCUCUGCUGGUCUUGUCUUCUCGUUUGCUCCAGAUAUAGGCGGUGCUGCCAGGGCUGCCCACAGUUACAAAGUUCUUUUUGACCGGCGGCCGCUCAUCGACCCUCGAAGCUCUGCGGGCUCCAGAAUCAACUUUGGGAAUUUGAAAGGACAAACUGAAUUCAGGAAUGUCAACUUUGGGUAUGCCUCUCGACCUGCCCAUCAGGUCCUGACGAACGUCUCCUUCGCUGUCCAACCGGGUCAGCACGUCGCCCUAGUAGGCGAGACGGGUAGCGGCAAAAGUACAAUUAUCGCACUGCUCGAGCGCUUUUAUGAUCCUCUAUCAGGUAGUAUCUUCAUUGAUGGAAAGCCGAUCAGCUCUCUAAACGUAGCUGAGUACCGUCGCUCACUCGGUAUGGUGCUUCAGGACCCAACUCUAUAUGAUGGGACAAUCCGGGAGAACAUGGUAUUCGGUCUUGAGGUAACAUCAAUACCGGACCAAGCUAUCGAAGCCGCUUGCAAGAAAGCAAACAUUCUCGAUUUUAUCCUUUCACUGCCUCUUACCCCUUAUGGCGAUGGCUUCUCAACCCUUGUAGGCAACAGAGGAAGCCAGCUCAGUGGCGGACAAAAGCAGCGACUUACCCUGGCGCGUGCCCUAUUAAGAGACCCUCGCAUUCUUCUCCUCGAUGAAGCAACUUCGGCCGUAGAUUCACAGUCGGAGUCGUUGAUCCAAGAAGCUCUGGAUAAGGCGUCAGAGGGACGCACAACUAUUAGUAUUGCUCAUCGUCUUAGCACAAUACAAGCUGCAGACAAUAUAUUAGUGUUGGAGGCAGGCAGGGUUAUAGAAUCUGGCACCCAUAGUACUCUAAUGGCCAAGAGGGGCAAGUAUUGGGAUUUAUGGAAUGCGGGUCGGUAG